AUGAAGAACGCCAUCAAUUUACAUCCAAAUAUUUUCUUCAUCCAAGUUCUCGUCAUGUUAAAUAAUAAUUUCUCGAUAAAUGCAAGCGAACUCGCUCCAAUUGUCGUGCUCGAGAAGAGAUUAAAUGGUGGUGACACGCAGAGACUGUGGGACGUUUACCUCGGCUGCUUCAGGGAGCUGCAGAAGCUGCGCUCCACGCACGUCACCCUCGUCAGCGGCUGCCACGAUCGUUGCGAUUCCAGAUACUUUGGAGUCACGGAUGGGCAAUAUUGUUUCUGUUCGGACAGGGUGGACGGCAAGGUGCUAGACAGCUACUGCCCCCUCAAGUGCGCCGAUGGGACCCCCUGCGGUGGAACAAACUUCUUCUCUGUUUAUGCAAAGCCGAUAAACAAGAGGAGCCUGAUUGGAUGUUUCCAGCAGGGAGAGUUCGACCUGGAGCCAAACAGGACAGGCGACGAGGAGUGCAGGCAGGAGUGCACCGGAACGCGUAACCCAUUCAUGGCUGUGCUGACCCACAGAAGAUGUUUCUGCAGCAGGUCGUUGAGGUUGCGGGGACAGCAGUCACUGGUCCAGUGCGUCGAUCCUGGCAGGCCUCUCUACCUCGUCUACCAAAACAUCCCCAUCAUCGACGAACACAACACCAACAACACCAACACAGUCGUCACAAAAGUUGGCUUUCCAUUUGGCCUGCGGACCACUCACUUCUGCUUGAACGAUGAUUCAGAAUGGAGGAAGCCCCACUGCAAGCAGGCUGUUUGUGUGCAGGGCUGGAAGGGCGUUCUCUGUAUGGACAGGGACUGCAAGCAGAGCAACGGUCACUGUGGGGAGCUGAACUGCUUGAUGACGUCUGCCACAAGCAGGGAGGGAGCUGGAGAUUGUUUCUGCGAGGAUGGAAUGUCGCUAACCAACAAAACUUGUAAAAAUUUUUUUGAGGAGCCUCACCUGGUGGCCGCCAGGAGCCAGCCGUCGCAAAGCAUCGUCAUCAUGACGAUCGUUCUGUCGAUCAUCCUCCUCUCCAGCCUGGCUGUCUUCGGUAACCACGUCUUCAAGAAGUACAGGAACACGUACUUUGUUGGCGAGUACGAACAUGAAGAGGGAGAGGAGGAGGAAGAAGAGAGGGCGGAGGAGGAUGUUGGAGAGAGGGAGUCAUCAGAAAUAGUACCAGAGUCUGCAGCAAUUGUGGCGGCUUCGAGAAGCAAAACGAUCUUGAAUGCUUCAAGCAGCAAAGUGACAGUGAAGUCGCCAGCUGAUGGUUUACAUGAUUUACAAAUGAAAGGAAGUUUGGCACCCGAAAACGUUGAUUAG